AUGACAGACGCUAAGAAAAUUCGUCUAAUGAGUGAUCUCAUUAUAGAUGCAUGUGACAGAAACGCCAAAAAAGUAUCAAAUGGAACUACACUACCACCGUAUCUUUCUUUACUGGGAUGUCAUGAUAAAAUGAAGUCAGUGAUGAAAAUUUGUUACAAAGUGGAAUCUAGUCCGAAGGACUGCGACAAAUGGUUCAAGGCAGCACUCCAAAACUACUGCAAGAAAGACAAGUCUGUGGAACCAUGUGAUUUGCUCAACCCAACAACUCCGGGUGCUGAGAUCCCCAGAAUUGGAACUGCACCCCCUAAAACUGACUUUUCAACUCUCCUUCCAACUACAAUCACUUCAACUCUAGAGCCAACCACUGCCUCUGCCGAUCCUUCUAUCCUUCUUUUUGGAAUGAUUGCAGGAAUCGGUGUAUUGUUUAUCGCGUGUCUUGUGGUUACUUUGAUGUGUAUGAGUGAGAAGAAAAAGCCGCAAUGUGGGGGACGUCCUCCAAAAAGACCAAUGAAGUCAAAAACGGAUUCGGGAAAAAAGGAUAAUGUGGAAAGUCUGCCUGCUGAGCCACGUCUGUUUAAAGAUCAAGUUCAUUUUUGUGUCACCCUUGUUGAUUGGAUAAGAGAGAGAUGUUUGAAAGAUCAUCCAGCAGGUACAUGUGAUUGGUGGAUUCAUUUGUUUCUAGCCGACUACUGUGACAAUGCCGCUGAAGGCGCAAAAAUCAUUUACUGCGAGGAUUUUAAAACAACCGUGCCUCCGAGAAUCACGAAACCCUCAACUCUCCCUUCUACAACUACCACAACCACCACUACAACAACCACCAGCAAACCAUCCACUGAGGACAUGAUUACUAAUGUCAUCAUGUUUGGAACAAUUGGCGGAUCGAUUUUCUUGCUUCUCGUCAUUCUAGUUCUCUAUUUGCUCAAUCGUAGUAGACAGUUGAGAAGAGAACGUGAGGAGAGAGAAGCAGCGAUGUGGGGAUUCAAUGGAAUGCUGUAUACGAAAGAGGACAGUGAGAGUAAGGGAUCAGGAUGGGGUACUGGAUGGACUAGUACUGUGAAGGAGACUACUGGGACUACUAAGACUAAGAAAGACAAGAAGAAGAAAACAAAGAAAACUGAUGCUUCAACAAAAACUGACACUAGUGGAACUUGGCUUUGA